UUGCCUCCCUUUUUUGCUUCGUGUUCCAUCUUUUUUUUUCAUCUCAGUUCUGCUUCCAACUCCCAAGUUUGCAAGUCGUCGGAGAUUGUCGCCAGAGACGCUUCACUUCUUCUGUCUGUUGAAUCGUAUCUUGUGGUAAUACUGAUGCUAGAAGUUGCUUUUACGGCAGUUUUCCCAGUCAUCAUGGAAAGGAAAAAAAAGCGAAGCUAUGCUUGAAGAUGCACGCCAAGUGUUUGAGAAAAUGACCAAUAGAGAUUCAAUAGUAGUAGACCAGAGGACACAUGAACUGAUGAUUCAAGCACUUUGUGCUGGAAGAAGGACAACAGAAGCAAUGUGAGGUUUCGAAGAUUUCUUUCACUUGAGAGCAUCGGGCUAGGAUUGCUUGACUCUAUCGUUAACUCAAUAUGUCUUUUUUGUUAGAACAGAUGGUUCAGAUAAUUGAAAGAGAAACCUCUUUCUCUAUGGCCUAUCUCCAAAUCAGUUAGUGGGUCUUCAACUUCAUCUCCAUCCACCUCUACCAAUUUCUAAGAGUUGUCAAUCCUCUCUGAAUCUUUCCCCUAGACAUAGCCCCCUGCGUGUUGCUAUAUAUGAUUCUCUCUUGCUUGACACUAAUGUCGGUGAUUCUGCUGGUGUGAGUUGCUGAGCAUAACAGAGUAGAGAUGCACUUCCUUCUCCUCCUUCACGUCCGCUCGCCGUUCUCAAUAUUACCACAGAAUAGAUCACAGCCUCUUGGCAAAUAAAUCAUUCAAUAAUUUAUUUCAUAUUAUUCGAUUUUCGGCUAUUAUAUAACCAAGAGUACCAUCAAUGGAGAGUGCAAGAGUACCAACAAUGGUGAGCACAAGAAAAGCAAAAAGAGCAGGUGGGGCAGCCUCAGUUUCUCCAGCAACACUUGCUUUAUCUAUUCCCCGCUGGCUGAUGUCUAAAGUCAUGGGCCGAAGAGACAGAGCCUCUGAGAGUGAUCAACAAAUGGUGGAGCAACAGUCACCAGUUUUCUUAUUCACCAACAGCUUGGAACAACAACAAGUUGAAGAUGAGCUGGCUAUAGACAUCAAAGAAAUGAUUCAAGAUUGCGGAGAUGGUCUUUUGUCACCCGACUGUUGUAUCUACCGAGUGCCCAUUGUGCACCGUCAUCUUAAAGAAGAGGCUUACACUCCAAAAGUUGUUUCAAUUGGUCCCUUCCAUUACCGUAAUGAGAGGCUGCAGGACAUGGAAAGGCAUAAACAAAUAUUUUUCAAAAGAUUUGCUCGAAGAGCUAUGUCAAGCUUGGAUGAUUUGGUUCGAUGUGUGAAACAUUUAGAACCAAAAGUCCGUGCUUCUUAUUCAGAAACCAUUAACCUUAGUGAAGAAGAACUUGUGAAAUUGACGUUAAUGGAUGCUGGUUUCAUCAUUGAACUCUUCAUCAUGGCCUACAAGAGGGAUCAUGGCAACGAUGCUAUACUGACGCAGCUCUGGUUAGUAAGUUCUAUAUCGCAGGAUUUGUGUUUACUUGAGAAUCAACUUCCAUUCUUUGUUAUUGAAGAGCUAUUCGAUAGAGCCUUUCCUGAUGAGCGUCGUGGUAGCCUCCCUUCCUUUCAUAAGCUCACGUAUAAGUAUUUUGAGUAUUAUCAUGGAACAAAAUUAAUGCCAAAUAUUGAUGUUGAGGUAAAGCAUUUUACAGAUCUUCUUAGAUCAUUAUACUUACAAGGAGAAAUGUCUGCACAACAAUUAAUAUCAGUGGAUGGAAGUCAUCGUCUUUUAUACAAUGCAAAUGCAUUACAAGAAGCAGGCAUAAAGUUGAAGGCUAGUAAGAGCAAAUGCUUAUUAGACAUGAAAUUUUCAGGACAUAUUCUUGAAAUUCCACAAUUUCUGGUGGAUGAUAACACUGAACUUGUGUUUCGCAAUAUGAUAGCAUUAGAAGAGUGUCAUUAUCCUUGUGCUGCUUACAUUACUGACUAUGCUCUUGUAUUGGAUUGUCUAAUAGACACACAAAAAGAUGUGGAUCUCCUUAUUCACAAGAAAAUAGUCAGCAACCAUGUAGGGGGUACGAAUAAUGUUGCUUUAUUAUUUAAUGGUCUUUUGGGAAAUGUCAAUCAGUUGACUUUCAACUCGAAAUACUUUGAUAUUUGCCAAAAGUUGAAUGCCUAUUGUCAAGAUCCUUGGCAUGAGCUGUGGGCAACUCUAAGACAUGAUUAUUGCCGUACACCUUGGCAAACUGUUGCUUCUAUUGCUGCAAUUAUACUCAUCUUUCUCACGGUUGUUCAAACCAUAAUUUCUAUCCUCCAAGUUGUGUAGUAAAUUUCCAGCUUUGUAUGUAUAAUGUUGGGAUUUGAUUGUGUCCUCUGACUUUGUUUCCAGUGUGGGCAGUAUACUCGUAAUUAACUAGUGAAACGAUUUCUUGUACCAGGUUUUGUUGACAAUAGAAAUCG